AAUUUUCUAAAGUAAUGCAAAUGCAAAGUAGAAUGGCCAAAAGACUGCAAAAGGACUUGGAGUAGAUGCAAAAGUCAUACACAGACCAAUUCAAUGUGAGAAUGCCUAAUAAUGAUAUUAAACAUUGGAUUGUAGCAUUUGAAGGUGCUAAGGGAACAUUGUAUCAAGGAGAGAAAUUCGAGUAAUAUAAUUUAAAUAAAUUAGAUUGCAAUUCAAGUUUUCAAAUGAAUAUGUAGAAAUACUUAUACUUAUUUAGCUCUUUUUUUCUUUGAAAUUAGCCAAUCGAAUCUCCUGAAGUAAUAUAAUUCUGAUUAAAUAGGUAAUCUUUAUUGGCAAACCACCAGAACAUGAGCACAUCUAUUCCAAUGGAUUCAUUUGCUUAUCAAUAUUAUUUGAUGGUACUUCUGACGCAUAAUAUAUUUUUAGAAUGGUCAGCAGCCCUUA